GUCAAGUCUCGUGUUUCAGAUUGAGGUUAUAUUUUGAUCAAACGUUAGUGAAUUCGAAAAUAUUUAGUUUAGAUACUCGUUUUUUUUACAAUACCACCUUUUUCGUUUCAUGUGAAGAGUAACUGACAGCGCCAGGUGCAAUAAACUUAAAGUACAAUGAAAAUAAAGAGAUAUAAAAAAGUGAACAAACACUUAAACUUUUACGUAAAUAAUUUUGGAUUUAGACAUCCUUAUCAAGUUCUUGUCGACGGCACCUUUUGUUUUGCGGCUUUAAACAACAAAGUAAACAUCUCUGACAACAUACCACGGUAUUUACAAGGAGAAUUAAAAUUAUUAACUACACAAUGUGCAGUUAUCGAAAUGGAAAAUUUGGGGUCGAAAUUGAGUGGUGCCUUGAUUGUGUUGAAGCAGUAUCCUGUUCAUAAAUGUGGCCAUGAAGGAAAACCUAUUGUGGCUUCAAAGUGUCUAUUAUCCAUGUUGGGUAACUGUAAUCCUAAUCAUUACAUAGUUGCUAGUCAAGAUAGAGAUUUGCAAAAUAACGUGAGGAAUUUGGUUGGUGUGCCACUACUUUAUCUUCAUGGGAAGACUCCAGUGCUUGAACAACCAUCUAAUGUUAGUGUGGAAGCGGCGAAAGACAAUUUAGGGGGAAUCAGUAUGUCAGAAAGACAGAUGAUUGAAAAGUUAAAAUUAGAAAAUGGGAUGGUUAGUGAUAAUAGGGACAAACUCAAGAAAAAGAAGAAAAAAGGCCCAAAUCCUUUAUCAUGUAAGAAGAAGAAAAAGCAGUCUGUGGAAGGUAAAGUUGUGAAAAGUGGGGAGAGGAAAGUUAAGAGACAGAAAGUUAGAAUACCAGAGCAUGUAAGAGAAGUUUUAUUUAAUAAAAAAACAUGAAAUUUUUA